UACUCAAUUGCAUUGAGUGUCGGAGAUUUCUUGCAGACUGUUUACUGUGUUGCGUGUGAUUAAUGUUUCCCCGCCUACAUGACCUUGUUAAUUGAUAUGAUUUACAUUUUUGCAUAUCUAAUGUUUCCCCUAUAUCCUUGUGAUGUUAUACAUUUUAUGUAUAUAAAAUAUGCAUAUACAUACAGAUAUACCAAAUUCUAACUCAUUCACUAUAUAUCUAGAGAUUAGACGAAACUUUAAUAUUCUAUAUAAUGAAAACGUUUUUCUAAAAGCUGUGUUCCAUGUUUUAAGUUAACAUUAAUAUUCAAUUAUCAUCAUAGGGGAAACAUUGACUAUAGCAUUUGCAAAGCACAUCAGUAAAUUCGUGACAAGUGCUCCUUGUUUGAAAUUUUCAUUUCCAUUCAUUUGCAUGCUGUAAUUGACAUGCUCGGCAGAUAAAAGUGUCAGGCCAAAGAGUGUUAACUUCAUAUCGGGGCCACGGUCUCUCAGGUCAAGAACAUUUGCUGAACUCAGUCCGCAAGAUACCAAGAUAUUGUGCAUAUAGAGGUUAAUUUGAAACUGAGCAAGUUGAGAUGUCGAGAAAUACUUACACAGGAAGCAUUCUCUUUGUUGGUAUUGCCAUUGCCACUUUUGCAACAACGGCAGCUCAGUUGGUAUGUGUGGAUCCAAUAGUAAUCGGCGAAUUCCGCGUAAUGAAGUCGAGGCGAUGUGUUGACAUAGAUAACCUUUCCGGCGGAGGAAAUGUUCACACCUACCUAUGUGACGGAUUUGAUGACCAACAAAUCAUCUGGUGCGGCGAUGGUACGUUACGUAACACGAAAGCCCCAUAUAACUGUUUUACAGCCGGGGUAAAUGGUGAUGGAAAUGUUCAUUCGAGCACGUGCCAAGUGUACCCGAGAAUUCCUAACUACCAAAAGUGGAGAUAUGGCAGAACAAGAACCUUCACCGACACUGCUGGCAUUCAACAGAAAGCAAGAGAAAUGAUUAACAUGAAAUCCGGAAGGUGUUUGGACGUCGAAAAUUACGACGGGCACGGUAACAUUGGAACAUAUCAUUGCGAGAACACAGAGGACCAAUACUUUUAUUUCCGCUCGCGAGGAAUGGUGCUGAAUCAUGGCCGGCUGCAAGUUGAAAAAUCUCGUAAAUGCCUCGAUGUGGAUAGCGGCUCAAAGCCAAGUUUAACGGACAAUGUUCGAAUAUACCACUGCGAGAACUCUGCUGAUCAGUACUUUAGCCAAUACGAAAAUGGCGAAGUGGUUAAUGAUAAGUCCAGAAUGUGUCUAGACGUCGACGACUACAGUGGAUUUGGCAAUGUUAAUAUGUAUGCGUGUGAGGAUCUCAGGGAUCAAAUGUGGCAUAGUCCUAGACAAUUCUGCCAUGGAGAGUACUGCUCCUUUCUGAACAGAAAGUCGGGACAGUGCUUGGACGUUGCCGAUACUUCAGCCGCAGUGAAUGCAAAUGUUGGCACGUAUACAUGUACUUUAGAACAAGAUCAACGCUUCCGAUGGGUCACCGGAAAUUGGGUUAUCCCAACUGCAUCAUGGUCUCUGGUAGGCUGUAACGAGAACGGGCAAGUCACUCAAACAAUAAGCAAUACUAUAAGCUAUUCGUCGACGAUCAGUGAAGAAACGUCAGUCGAGGUGAGUGCCACCAUCGAGGCCGGUUUUAAGUUUGGUGGGGCGUCUGUCACGACGACAGUGUCGCAUUCCAUGGCAAGGGAGUGGACCGAGAGCCAAGAACAGACCCAGGAGAUCUCAUUCACUUGUGAAAAUUAUGGCAACAAUCAGGAGUUCACCGGAGGGUGCAUGUGGCAGCUUCAAAUGAAAACGAGGAAAAGCGUUGACCAACAUUGGAUGGUGUGGAAACCUCAGAUCGUAAAGUGUUCCAGAGGUAGUGCUCCACCACAGUGCCCACCGUUCACAAGAUGUUUGGAUGAAGCUUGCACAAGGUGUGGCGAACCAGGUGUAUGAGAUAUCGUAGCACAAUUUAUAACCGAACAAAUAAUUUUUCAACAGUUCAUAACGAACAAGUAAUUUUUUUGCACGAUAUAUUUUUGUUCAUUUAGCGUAGAACAUGAAUUAGUAGUAAUUAGAAAAUGAGGGAAAUGAGUAGUAAUUAGAAAGUAGAAAUUAGAAAAUGUGGGAAAUCUUGUUAUCUAAAGGAUCAUGUAAUAGACACGUUGUUCAGGAAUUUAGGAACAUAACGAACAAGUAAUUUUUUUGCACAAUAUUUUUGUUCAUUUAGCGUAGAACAUGAAUUAGACUGUCGAAAGUAGAAAUUGGAAAAUGAGGGAAAUCUUGUUAUCUAAAGGAUCAUGUAAUAGAAACGUUGCACAGGAAUUUAGGAAUAGUGUCAUGCAUGAUUACACGGUUAAAAUAAAGCUACAUUGUA